CGCAGUUUGUGUGUACUGUUGCACCGCCCUUCAUCUCCGGCUCUAUGCUUGUCCCGCAGGUUUAUAUGAACGUCGACCUGAAACGGUCCCGAAGUGAACUGCUUAUUCCAGUUAUUAACUUUAAAGAAAAUGGAGAGCCCGGGUCACAUAGAAAAAGAGCCGCCUCUCCGGUUACCGUCGCUUCGCCUCUUCGUUCCCCCGCUCCGGCUGGCCUCUGGAGCCAUGUGGAACGCCGUGCGGAGCAGGAACAUUCGCGACUACGGGAUGGUGGAAGAGCUCAUCAGCGCCGUCACGGAGAGCGUGCCAGAACUGCUGAGUCCGGUGCAGAAAGUCCAGCUCCUCCUUGGACUCCGAGCGCGGGCUGUCCUUGAGCUGUGUCGCUCCGAGCAGAUCGUAGACACAGAAGCCGUGCAGGUGCACCUGAAACGGGUAAAAACCCUCCUGGCAACAUGGGCGGCGCAGCCGUGCUUUGAAAAUUCCACUUUUCUCGACACGAACUUAGUGGAGCUGGUGGACCUGAUGUUGAGGAGCCCCGAGGAGAAGAAGAGGUUCUUCCAGGAUGUCUUCCCCACAGAUUUUGGACCUGAUUAUGACAACGCUCUGCAGAUGCUGCUGUUGGACUUUUUGUCCAGACUGGAGAAGCUUCUCCCGGUACCCGACUUUCAGCAGACUGCAUCCUUCCUCGGUGGAGUGCCGUCUGCCCUGGAGGAGUCCGCUCUCUCCGUGUGUGACCCACAGCACCUGGCAGAAGUUCUGCAGUACCACGCAUCGCUCGCAUGUCAGGAUCCCUCCGAGGAAACCCAGACCCCUCCCUCCUCCACCGGGACCUUCAUCCUGUCAUCCCUGUCUCUUCCUCGGCUGGACCAGGUUGUGAUCAGUUCCGACCCGAUACAGACGCAGCCCUUGCCGGAGCUGCUGCCAGACUGCUGGGCUGUAAAGGUGGAGGAAGAAACUGUGACACUGGUGGAUGAUGUUCAGCCUGCAAGUCCAGCUGAGCCUGACGGUCCUGGAGGACCAAAUGUGGAUGAAACCGUGCAAGAAGCACCGCGUGGGGAUCCGGUCGAAGCCGUAGAGCCUCCAAACCCUCAGCAAACAAAGUGGCUCCGACUGAGACCAAGGGUUAAUAAGAAAAAUCAAGAUUCAGCUAAACCUAAAAGGGUGCGAAGGAAACACCACAACGGUAAAACCUGCCCCGUGUGCAAAAAGAUGUUCCCGCGCGCCGCCGGCAUGAGGCGGCACCUGGAGAUCCACAAAACCAAGCGGGACUACAACCACAAGUGCGGCAAGUGCGACAAGCGGUUCAGGGACCAGUACGACUUAAAGCGACACAUCAUGCGCGUUCACGAAAGGGAGGAGACGGGCGACAGCGCUAAAGGCAGGAAACCCAGAGAGUCGUCCUCCUCGGAGACGACGACAAAUAAAACCUGUCCUCACUGCGGGAAGUAUUUCGCCUGGCAGAGUGAUCUGAAGCGGCACAUAGACACUCAUUCAGGAGAGCGCCCGCAUCAGUGUCCCCUGUGUGAAAAGAAGUUUAAAAAUCCUUACGCCCUCAAGUCACACGAGAAGAGAUGCCAAACCCUAGAGGGGAAAAGGGCUAAGAAGAGGGAGGAGGUUUGCUUGGACCCAGAGACGGACCUAGAGGAUUCAGCAGAACCCGGAAAGUGUCCGGAGCAGGACGGCCACAGCGGCCCACCUCCAAGCACAGACCCGGUUCCGUAUAUGCUGCUCUGCGCCGACGCCUCGGCGAAGUCUAAAGUUUGUCCCAUCUGCAGCAUGAACAUUAAGAACAACCGAGACAUCAAGAAGCACUUGCGAUCCCACUCCGAGGAACGGCCGUACGUCUGCCUGACGUGCGAGAAGGGCUUCAAGUACAAGGACACGAUCAAGAAGCACCAAACGCUCAAAGGCCACGAGGGCAUCAGGGAGGUGCAGUGCGAGAAGCUGGAGAGGCUUCUCUCUGAGGUCGACGCUCAGGGCGUUGCCGAUACUGAAAACGUGGACCUGGGGGCGUCUGAAGAUGCUCCAAAGAGUUUGCCCGUUGUGAACAGGUCCAAAGAAGGCCUGAAGGUGUGUCCUGUCUGCUCCAAGACCUUCAAUAUGAUUAAAACGUUGAACAAGCACCUCCAGUCCCACAGGGUCGAGAGGCCGUAUUAUUGCAUCCACUGCAAGAGGCGUUACAAGGACUUGUACGGACUCAAGAGGCACCAGAUCUACGCAGUCUGCUACAACAAGCCCCCGCGUUACUCGCUCAAGAAAGGGCCCGGUCAAGGCGAGGCGAGCGCUCCGGAUCUCCAGAAGGUGUUCGUCUGGUGCUCCAACUGCAGCCAACACUUCGAGUCCCUGUCCGCGCUGAAAGAGCACCAGGAAAGCGUCUGCCGGGCGGAGCCGACCGCCAAGAAAUGCAACGAGUGCGGCAAGGAGUUCAAGAGCGUAACCAUGCUCAAGGUGCACAAGAAGGUCCACAACCCGUUGUACUGCAAGGACUGCAAGAAGAUCCUGGCGGACGAGCCGGCCUUCGAGCGGCACAGGCUGCUGCACAGGCCGAUGCAGUGCACGAUGUGCGACGAGACGUUCGUCGUCUCAAGGCGCAUGAGGGAGCACUACGAGAAGCGGCACAGCUUCACGGGGCCCUUCCCGUGCACCCAGUGCGAGAAAACCUUCGUCCAGCUGUCCUACCUCAUCAUCCACCAGAGGAUCCACAGAGGGGAGUUUCCCUUCGUGUGCGACAAGUGUCCCGAGAAGUUCCGGACCUCCUCCCUGUUGACGGUGCACCGGCGGAAGCACUCCGGGGAGAAGCCCUUCCUGUGCUGGCAGUGCGGGAAGUCGUACCGCGCCGCCUCGGACCUCUCCAUGCACAUGGGGACCCACUCCGAGGAGAGACCGUGGGCCUGCGAUCGGUGCGACAUGACCUACCGCACGAAGGCGCAGCUCAAGAGCCACGUGGAGCAGGUCCACCUCUGUAUCAGGUUCACGUGUGCCACCUGCGGGAGGCAGUUCAUGAAGGAGAUGUCGCUGAAACGGCACGAGCUCACACACACAGGCGAGAGGCCCUUCCCCUGCGCGGAGUGCGGCAAAUCCUUCCUGACGGGCAACGAGCUCCUGCGGCACAGCCGCUACCACACGGGCGAGCGGCCGUACAAGUGCGAGGUGUGCGGCAAGGCCUUCAUCCAGUCGAGCUACUUGAAGAUCCACAUGCGCCUCCACACGGGGGAGAAGCCGUACAGAUGCGACGUGUGCGACAAAACCUUCCGGCUGUCGAGGAACAUGCAGAAACACCGACGGACUCACGACGGGAAGCCGAAGAGCUUCACGUGCGAGAUCUGCGGGUUCGGUUUCGCCCAGAGGAAACUGCUGGACGAGCACGCUGCCACUCACGAACACAACAUCGAGGCGGUUUAUGCAAAUGAAAUUGAGCUGGAAUUUCAGUAGGGAUCCUGUUUUCUCCCUCGUAAACCUCAUUUUUCAGACAUUCCUAUUUCUGUUUGUUUUAUUUUAAUAUUGUUUGAUCACAAGCUGGUGUUUUCUGUUGACCUUUUUCAUUACUGUCUUCAGGUCGUAAAACUCUGUAGGAACGUCUGUGAUGGUGCUGAAUAAAAACUGUAUGAAAAGGUUUCUUAAACAAAUCCAACUUC